CGUCACUUGUGUCUGAUUUGAUUCCAGCUUGACUGACACCUGCAGCGCCGUCGCAACUCCUCUAAUCUGCACAGACUCCGAGAGAAGCAGAGCGGUUUUAUUAUGACUGGUGGCACAGAGCGCGCUGCUCACAGGCUGGGACCAAAAUGCCCUUGCUGUAGAGGAUUAAACUAUCUGAAAUAGGAUAUAUGGGAUCAAUCAAACUGUGAGAAGAAAUUUCGGUUUCCAGGCUGAUUCAAAUGCAUUUUAUUUGGGAAGCAGACACUUGGUGAUACUUCCUAACUUGGAUGUACUUUGGAUUUUUCUAAUGGAUUAUUUAAACGAUUCAAAUUUUUCUCUCGGAGACACUAAUUCAACAAUAACAACAUCAGCAACAACAACAACAGAUGGGCCUCUUCACUGUAGUGCCAUCCUCCGUGUCCUCUACGGCAUCAUCUGCUUUCUGGGUAUCAUUGGGAACUGUAUUGUCAUCUACACAAUCAUGAAGAAGACCAAGUGCCGUGCAAAGCAAACUGUUCCAGACAUCUUCAUCUUAAAUUUGUCCAUUGUUGAUCUCCUGUUUCUCCUUGGGAUGCCAUUCCUAAUCCACCAGUUGCUGGGCAACGGAACAUGGCACUUUGGAGCUGCGAUGUGUACAGUCAUCACUGCUCUUGACUCCAACAGCCAGAUUGUCAGUACUUACAUCCUGACUGCCAUGACACUCGACCGUUACUUGGCUACAGUCCAUCCCAUCCGCUUCAACUACAUUCGCACACCUUGUGUGGCAGCACUAGUGAUUGGCCUGGUGUGGGUUCUGUCCCUGCUCACCAUCAUCCCUGUGUGGAUGUACACGGGCCUGAUGCCUCUCCCAGAUGGCUUGGUGGCCUGUGCAAUCCUUCUGCCUGACCCAGUCACUGAUACAUACUGGUUUACACUUUACCAGUUCUUCUUGGCGUUUGCUAUACCUCUGACCAUCAUCUGCCUUGUGUUUUUCAAGAUCCUCCAGCACAUGUCCACCAGUGUGGCACCACUGCCCCCACGGAGUUUAAGAGUGCGUACCAGGAAGGUGACCCGAAUGGCUGUGGCUAUCUGCCUGGCUUUCUUCAUUUGCUGGGCCCCUUAUUACAUCCUUCAGCUGGCCCACCUCGGGGUCCAGAGGCCAAGCUUAGCUUUCUCCUAUGCUUACAACGUGGCCAUUAGCAUGGGCUACGCUAACAGCUGUAUCAACCCUUUCCUUUAUAUAAUCCUAAGUGAGACCUUCAAGAGGCAGUUUAUCAGGGCUGUACAUCCAAUCAAUCUAAGGUUUCGUGUGAACCAGAGCACCACCGAUGCUGCCAGUGUGAGUGUGAGAAUGGUGCCUGAAGGGCCUCAGCAGGAGACAGCCUCUGGGGAGAUGAUACCAGCCAGCGUGGCCCCACAGUGAAUAAGCAUCAGUGAAUAAAAAUCAAAAUGACUUUAUCACUGUGUAACAGCUGAGAAACACUAUGGAUGGGACAUGAGCACAAGAACACACAGCUACUGUUUCAGAACAGUAAUGCGUGCACAUCAACUCCAAUCUGCCAUUUUAUUUAAGCAACACAUUCACUGACUUGUAGAUUAGAGUCAUUAAAACCCUGUUUUGUUGAGUUGAAAAUAUUCACA